AUGGCUCGGCCGCUGCCGCUGCUGCUCUGCCUGGCCGCGCUGGGCGCCGGCUGCCGGGCAGGGACCACCCUCGCCGGCACCGCCGGACCCUCCGCUGAGCCGCUGCAGGACGAGGCGGACAACCAGGAGAACAUUCUCUCCCAGCUGCUAGGUGACUACGACAAAGUGAAGGCGGUGUCCGAAGGCUCCGACUGCCGCUGCAAAUGCCUGGUCAGACCCCUGGGUCGCGGUGCCUGCCAGAGGAUUAACGAAGGUGCUUUCAGAGCAGAGGAUUUUUACACGGUGGAGACCAUCACGUCAGGACCCAGCUGCAAGUGUGCGUGUGUGGCCCCCCCCUCGGCGCUCAAUCCUUGCGAGGGGGACUUCAGGCUGAAGAAGCUGCGGGAGGCGGACAGCAGCGACCUCAAGCUGUCUUCCAUUAUGGAGAUGCUGGAAAGUGCCUUUUAUGGCUUGGACCUUCUGAAGUUGCACUCAGUUACAACCAAGCUGGUGGGUCGAGUGGAAAAGCUUGAAGAGGGCAUGUCCAGGAACUCCAUACAGCAAAGCCACCAGGCAGGAGUCACCAUGGAGGAGGGUCUGCAGGAUUCCCACCACAGGGGCAGGGAGAACUGCUCCAGCCUGAUCAGCAACAGCCUUGCCGACAUCGAGGGCUCGCUGCAGCGGGAUGCAGAGGCUGCCUACAUGCACUCAGAGGGCAAAUAUGAAGAAAGAUUCCUGAAAGAUGAAACCAUCUCACAGCAGAUCAACUCUGUUGAGUCACUGGUGGAGCUGCAGCUCUCUCCAGAGGAGGAGAAGCACAGGCAGCUCCUGCAGAGGAAGCUGCAUGUCAGGAGACGGCCUCCUUCCAAGCCCACCAUCGUCCGAGGGGUCACCUACUAUAAAGCACAGUCCACAGAGUCUGAGAACGACAUUGAGGAGCAGGCGGACGAGCUCUUCAGUGGGGACAACACCGUGGACCUGCUGAUCGAGGACCAGCUCCUGAGGCCCAGCAGCAGGGAAGGGGAGAGGGCGAGGAAGCCCUCCCCAGUGGGGUGGCCAGCCGCCCCUGACAGCGACCACACCACGCCCGCAGCCACUGCUGCUGCCACGACAGCCACGGUGCCCCUGGCCCCUGCCACGUCCACGGAGCCCACGCCAGACCCCAGCACCGUCAGCCAGCUGACUGCCACCCCGCAGGACGUGACCGCACUGGUGGGACUGGACGAGGAGGGCACCCAGCAGCUAUCAGCAGCCUCAGCCAGCACGCUGGUGGCCACAGCCACGGAGAACCUGCCCACAGCUACCACUGCUGUCCCCAGCCUUGCUGUGGCCACCCCUGCGGGCACCUUGGGGGAGGCAGAGACCAGUGCUGCCCUGGAGAGCAGCCCAGGAGCCUGGGGACAGGCAAGCACCCCUGUGGCACCGCUCAGCCCCACCAUCCCUGCCACCCCAAAGCAGGCCCUGGAGGAGGAGGACAUCAGGAACAUCAUUGGGCGCUGCAAGGACACCCUGUCUACCAUCUCGGGGCCCACCACCCAGAACACCUAUGGGCGCAACGAGGGGGCCUGGAUGAAGGACCCCCUGGCUCGGGAGGAGCGGAUCUAUGUCACCAACUACUACUAUGGGAACACACUGGUGGAGUUCAGGAACCUGGACAACUUCAAGCAAGGUCGCUGGAGCAACUCCUACAAGCUGCCCUACAGCUGGAUCGGGACGGGGCACGUGGUCUACAACGGCUCCUUCUACUACAACAGGGCCUUCACUCGCAACAUCAUCAAGUACGACCUGCGGCAGCGCUACGUGGCCGCCUGGGCCAUGCUGCACGACGUGGCCUACGAGGAGUCCACCCCCUGGCGCUGGAGAGGCCACUCGGACGUGGACUUCGCGGUGGACGAGAACGGGCUGUGGGUCAUCUACCCGGCCAUCAGCUACGAGGGCUCCGGCCAGGAGGUGAUCGUGCUGAGCAAGCUGAACGCCGCCGACCUGAGCACCCAGAAGGAGACCACGUGGCGGACGGGGCUGCGCAAGGACUUCUACGGCAACUGCUUCGUCAUCUGCGGGGUGCUGUACGCCGUGGACAGCUACAACAAGAGGAACGCCAACAUCUCCUACGCCUUCGACACGCACACCAACACCCAGAUCGUGCCCCGGCUGCUCUUCGAGAACGAGUACGCCUACACCACCCAGGUGGACUACAACCCCAAGGACCGCCUGCUCUACGCCUGGGACAAUGGGCACCAAGUCACCUACCACGUCAUCUUUGCCUACUGA